CACCGGAGCUGUGCGAGCCCCGGUGCUGCAGCGCCCGCUCCGCUCCCGGGAGCGCUCCGCCAUGGGCGGCCGGGCUGCGCGGCCCCGCUGACCCCGCACGGCCCCGCAGCAGCUCCGGCAUCCCUGCAGCUCCGGACUUCGCUGUCCCGGGAACUCCGCUUCGCUGAGCCGGGCUUCUCCAUCUCUCGGUACUCCGGCAUCCAGGGAACUCCGCACUCCACCGGCACCGCUGCCCUUCACCGCUGGUCCCGGCACCUCGGGAAUUCGGUAUUCUGUCAUCCCGGGCAUUCAUCUCCGCUGGCCCCAUCUCCUCCAUAACCCCGUGCCCCACCUCCCGGGAAAGCCAUCUCCCCAUCCCAGGCUCCUCCUCGGGCACCCCGGGAACUCAACUCUCGGUCACCCCGGGAAUUCAUCCCCUCUCAGCCCCUCUCCCCCGUAACCCCUCGGCACCGCUCCCCGGGAAAUCCAGCUCCGCCGAUCCCGGCUCCUCAGGAAUUCGCUGCUGUGUGAGCUGGGCUCUGCCGAUCCCGCAUCCACAGCCCCGUAUCCCAGCUCCCCGCGAACUCCUCUCCGCUGACCGCGGCUCCUCCCAGGGAACUCAUCCCCCUGUUCCCACCUCCUCCUGACCCAGUGCCGCCGCUCCCCGGGAGCCCAGCUCGGCUCUCCCCGGCUCUUCCAGCUCCCCGCUGCUCCGGCUGCCCGGGGCUCAUCUCCUCUGACCCCAGCUGCUCCAGGAGCUCCCAUCCGCCGCAUCCCGGAGAUUCCCUACUCCCAGCACUCCAGCACCGACCAUUUCUCUGCUCCCUGGCACUCCAGCUCUCCUCCUUAGCUCCGUUCCUCCUGGGAGGCUGCUCAUACUCCCCAUCCCCAUCUUGCCGAGAGCCCGGCGGUGACCCGGGCUGUCCCAGCCGCAGAUCCGCGCUGCCCCCCGGCCCCCCGGGCCCCCGAAGGCGCGGCCAUGGCGUUCAUGGUGAAGAGCAUGGUGGGGGGGCAGCUGAAGAACCUCACGGGGGGCCUGGGCGGCGAGGAGAAGAGCGAGGGCGAGAAAUCUCCGGCCGAGGCUCAGGGCAUGACCCGCGAGGAGUAUGAGGAAUAUCAGCGGCAGCUGGUGGAGGAGAAGAUGGAGAGAGACGCCCAGUUUGCCCAGCGCAAGGCGGAGAGAGCCACGGUCAGGUCCCACUUCCGAGACAAGUACAGGCUCCCCAAGAACGAAACGGAUGACAACCAGAUCCAGCUGGUGGGAGGCGACGUGGAGCUGCCCAAGGAGCUGGCCAAGAUGAUCGAGCAGGACAACGAGGAGGAGGAGGAGAAGAACUCGGUUAUCGGCCAGCUCAGCAACAUCCAGAACCUGGACCUUGAUUCCUUGAAGGACAAAGCUUCGGCCACGCUAGAGGACCUGAAGCAAUCGGCGGAGAAAUGCUCCGUGAUGUGAUGGGGCUGAGCAAGGAGGGGACGCAGCGCAGGCUCUGCCGGGGGCUGCUGCCUGCAGCGGGGCCCCCAGCCACGUUGUCACCUUUGCCGUGUGUCACUCGGCUCCUCCUGAGCCCUGUGACCCCCUCGAGUCCCUGACCCAGCUGUCCCUGAUGUGUGGUUUUCGUUUCGUUCUCCGGGCUGAGGUUAGAGCCGAGAGCCAGCAUGUCCCCCCCGUACCCCAAAGCCUCCCCCGUGGCCGGGCAGGGGGUGUCCGCUGCAGGGAACCAGAGCCACCUUGGAGUGUUACUGACCUUGGAGCACGCUGUGGCUCUGCCUCCGCCUUUCCACUCAGCCUCCUGGAAAUGACCGGGAGGCUCCGAUUCGCCUCGCAAGGACGAGGCAGGGUGUGGAACACCUCCCUCCCCGCUUCCCCAGCCCAUCGCCCGAGAAACGACAUCCCAUCCCUGCAAGGAACACCCAGCCCCGUGCCCUUGAGGGCCCCUCCGGAGGAGCCAGCCAGGAAAGGACCUGCUACACGAUCCCUGUGGGAAGGGAGGGUGCUGAAGCCUGAAUUGACACCAGACAGGAGCAAAAGCCCUCCCCGGUGCUGAGCUGAGCCCGCAGCAGCCCUUCCCCGAGCAGUGCUGUCCCUCUCCUGGGAUGGGAUCCUGUCUUUGUUCCUUCCAGGAGAAGAACAAAGCCAUGGGGGAAUUUCUCCCCGUCCUCCCGCUCGUCGUGCUGUAGUCGUGCUGUGCUCGGUUGAGUGUCCCUCACCUCCUGUGCUGUCCCCGUGCCAUGGCACUGUUAUAACCGGUGGAAUAAAUACCAGGAGAUGUCUAUGCA